AUGACCGACAGUCCCAUUCUCCAGCUCGCAGAGACAAUCCAGACAGCCUCUAUCAACAGGCACCCCUCGCCCGCCCACGAUGCCAAUCCAUCCACUGCCGCCUCGAACAAGCAGCCCGUGCGCCUCGACGACGAGCCCGACCUUGACCACCUGCCCGACAACAUCGACGACGACGAGAUCCCUGUCUCGGUCCUGAGACCCACGCCGCGCAGCAAGCAGUUUCCUCCNCUCCCCGACCUGCGCUUCGAACAGAGCUAUCUCGCCAGCAUCCAGGACGCUACCUCUUGGCAGAAGGUUGCCUGGAUCACCUUCAGAGACCAACUCUUCAUGCCUUUGACCCAGGGUCUGCUCUGGACCUUGGUCGUCGCUGGCUGGAGGAACUGGAACACAGUGCACAACACUUCGUCCAAAUUCUCUGGCUCCAGCAUUGGUGCUCGUCUGAGAAGGUGGUGGUGGCAGACCAACAACUGGCAAAUUCCAACUCAGAAAAAGUCAUCCUUGCGUGACAAAAGGCUUGCUGGCCAAGUUCAAGAGGUAUUUACUACAUUCCGAGCCCGCUGUCCAAUGCUGAAUCUGUGCAAAAGCUGA